UGGCGGCGCGAACGUCCGAGCGCACCCAGAGGUCCCGGGUUCGCGUCCCGGCCCCGGCAGAGCGCUCGAUGGGCGCGGGAGCUGAGGGGGCCAAGGAGUUCAAUGGUACCUGGGGUGGAUUAGAAGGGGGUGGUCAGUAGGUCAGAGAGGUUCUCCUGCCCCUCUGCUCUGCCCUGGGGAGACCACACCUGCAAUAUUGUGUCCAGUUGUGGCCCCUCAGUUCCAGCAGGACAGGGAACUGCUGGAGAGAGUCCAGCGCAGCCACCAAGAUGCUGAAGGGAGUGGAGCAUCUCCCGUGUGAGGAAAGGCUGAGGGAGCUGGGGCUCUGGAGCUGGACAAGAGGACACUGAGGGGGGACUCAUUCCUGGGGAUCAAUAUGGAAAGGGUAGGUCAGGACACACGCACACUGGAAGAGCUUCAUUCCUAUUUUAAGUCCAGACCAAAGCAGCCAAGAGCCGUUUUGUGUCCCCUGGGCAGCCUGACAGAAUUCAUGUUCCAGACCACAAACACCGCUGCUCCGGGGGAUUACAGACAGAAACGGGGAUCACUAUCCUUCUUGACAGGGCUCUUAAAGUAGACGACCUGUGGCUAAUAUUAGACACUGCAACUGCAGCAAGCAAUCCAGCAGCCGCUCUGUCCUGCUUGGCUCUGCGCAUGGGUCACUUUGUCACUUGGAAUCGGCCACUUCGACUCCAGAGCUGGGCCAGGAGUUCCCUGCUCAGCCAAGCUGCUCUUCUGCUGCUCGCUUGACGUCCGACCUUGGACUUGUCCCACCAAGUCCCCCUGUGCCAAGGAUGUCCCAGCUCUGGGAACGGCCCAAGGCUUCCAGCCAAAGGCACUUGCAGCCCCAGCCCCUGGGAGCCGCCCGUGGGGGCCGGGGGCAGCCCAGCCCCCCUGAACCCUUUCCCUGCCCAGGAGGAGCUGGGGAGGCUCUUGGGCGGGGGCGGAACACGGGGAGCCCCAACAUUCCAACCCGCGACACCACAAAGAGUCCUUAGUAACCACCAGCCAGAGGGACGAUGGCGCAGCCACCACUGCGGCUCCCAGCUCGUGGCUCCCGGGACCCCUCAGUUUUUCGGCUCCUGCAGCCAUUCACGCUCCCCCAGAGCUUCUGCCCCCCAGGUAGGGACCCACCGCGACCCCUGCAGCCCGGGACGCUCCUGGGGGCAAGAGCGGAGGUGAGCGCCGGCCAUGGCUCCUGUCUCUCUUGCAGGCUCAGCACCCCGGUGCCCACUGCCCGGGCAGGAGCAGCCCUUCCCCGCAGCCUGGGCACCCCCGGCGGGGGGGGCACCCCCGGCCCCCCAGGCCCCACCAGCAGGUAUGGCACCCCUGUCUGCUCGGACACCCCGGCACCUUCGGCCCCUUCGCCAUCCCCGACCCCGGGCACUCCCAGCACCCACCACCCCUGUCCCCCGGCACAUACGGCACUGGGCAGAACUGGGGCCGUCGGCGAUGGGGCCGGCUCGGGGGUGCCCAUGGAGGGUCCCUCCGGCCCAGCACGGCUCCCUCUCCCCCACACAGGGCUGCAGAGAGCACCGUGCGGCUGCUGGUUUGACGCCCAGGUGUUCCAGUACCAGUGGGCCAUGCCCUACGGCCACCAGGGCACAGCGGUGGCCCCAGCCCCUAUGUUGAUGCUGACAUCCAUCCCUGGCUACCAGCACAUCCAGGGGCAACGGGCACAGCCGUACAUCUCCAGCACGGCCACCGCUGAGGGGACACCUGGGGGCAGCAAUAUCUCCAGCGGCUCCUCUGCUGCUCCGCAGAAGAAGGACCAGGAGGACCCGAGAGCUGAGCUGCACUUGUCUCAGGAGAUGCUGUUUGGAGAGGCCCAUCGGCUCUUCGGCGUCUCUGCAGUCUGCCGGCCUGGUGCCAGUAGCAGCCCUAUGACGUGGGACACUGGGGACACCCCUGGAGAGGGGAGUUUUGUGGCUCCUGCCUCCCCACCCCUUCCCAUGUCUGUCACCACCUACGAAGGGCCAGUGGAACCACAGAACAUCUCCGGCACGGCCACCACCGCGGGGACACCUCCAGGCAGCACCAGCCCCCUGGGCAGCACCAGCCCCCCCAGCCCCUCUGCUGCCCCCGACUAUACAGCUCCUGGGGACACAGUGGGACACCCUGCAGUUACUGAAGAGGUGCCACUGGAAGAGGCCCUAAGCUUCUUUGGCUGCUCCUUGGACAUGCUGGGGGUGGCCCAGGACACUCCUGUCAGCAGCCCCAGGCCAGGGGACCCUGGUGUCACCAGCCCACCUGUCCCCCAGCCUGACUUCUCGUCCCUCUCACUGCCUGAAGAUCUGCUGAGCCCUGACUACACCGUCCCCGAGCUCAGAGAGGCCAUGCUGAGCAUGGCCGAGUUCUAUGUGCUGGGGAUGGAGCCCCCGGAGCUGUGGAAGGGCGCGGGGAUGGAGCUGCCACUGCCCCAGGCGGCCAAGGCAGAGCAGCGGGGGCAGAAGCGGGGGCAGAGCCCCUCGGCAGAGCCCCCCAGCAAGCGCAGGGCUCUGGCAGCGAGCAGGGGGCUGGGAGGGGGGAAUUAG